CUCUUAUUUUCUCCAAUUCCCUGAAGAAGCUACCAACUAGAUCACAUCGCUUCUUCUUCAAUUUUUUCUUCUGGAUCUUCCAUGGCGUCUCGUGGUAAUAAGCGAGCUUCUCUUACCAACGGCGACGAGAAUUCAGGCGUCCUGUCUAGGGUUUCCCGUUCUGUCUCCGAUUCCCAAAUCGUCCGGCGAGCCAAAAGCACGGCUUCCGACGCUGCAUUCGUUACCCAAAAGCUCCUCCGUAGCACCGGUAGAGCUGCGUGGAUUGCCGGGACGACAUUUCUCAUCCUGGUGGUGCCGUUAAUCAUUGAAAUGGAUCGCGAGCAGCAGUUCAACGAGCUCGAGAUGCAGCAGGCGAGUCUACUUGGUACCCCGGCCACCGCUGCUCCCAAGUGAUUUGAUUUGGUUUACUCGACGCCAUCAGAAUUAUGUUUUGCAGCUGUUUCCCGUCUCCCUAGUCCCUACUUUGUGCAAUUUCUAGCCUUCUUUAUAAACUAUCUAGUUCUUCUGCAUCCGUCUAUGCCUCUGUUUUGAAGUUUGUGCAGAAAUGGAGACUUUUGGUCACCAGCACUUUUGAGGUGGCUGAGCUCUCUAUUGAACUUUUUUUUGGUUGGAAGGUAAUUGUUCCCAUUUUUGGUUUCUGUUUAGGAUAGCUCAGGUUUCUCCAUGUGUUUACAAGAUCGUUCUUUUAGUUUCAAUUUAUUUCGAAAGAAAUUGCCUUUGACUAUUCAAGACAACUAUUUGUCACCACUACAUUUGGUUGUCAAUGUAACUCCUAAGAAAUUAAAUCUUAGGUAGGCAGCCACCAUGGUUUUACCUCAUUUCCUUUCAACCUUGUACUAUUUGGUCUUUGUUGCCGACCAUGAUGGUUAAAUGUCUUUCUAAACAUUACUUGUAACGGAACACUAAUAGUAUCAAAGAACAUCUAGAUGAUCUAUUCUUUUAA